AUGCAGAAUACGAUAGAUAUCGGCUGGUUUGAUAUCGGUGUCCGAGAGGAUUCCAGUUUAGCUGUCCUAGAUCACGGUCGCCUGCCAAAUGUGGUCAACCAGUUGCCUGACCCCCAAAACCAGUACCCAUCGUUAUGUGUCUUUCUGGGCAGGCAAACUAAAGAUCACGCCCUUCAGCGGUUGUAUAACCAGAACAAUAUCAAGAGACAUGUUUCGAAAUCAAUGAUCCAGCUUAGAUACGAUGUCGCCUCCUUCGAAAGUCGAGAGCCCGUUCUUUUGGCGGACGGUGACAUUAUGGAGGGGGAACGCUUCCAUCCCAAAUUGAAACUCGACGCUGGAAUGGGCCAACCCGUGUCGUGGGAUAACUAUUCUGCGGGCAGACUGCUGCAAGUACUGUGGUCACGGCUUGUUUUUCUGUUCGCGGAUGUGGUAUGUAUUUUCAUUGAUGACACUUCAAAUAUGAGAAUGGUCGAGGAGUUCCUGGUUAACUGCAUGGAACUGGGUUCGGCAUCUUCCCUACCUAGGACACUUUUGCCGAGAUUGGUUGUUAUAUAUGGGACUGGAGCCACAAAUAAGAAUCUUGAAAGAUCAUUCGACAGCGUGUUCUACGAGUAUCUUCAAAAAAAUGGGUACAAAGACUUGUCUGAACUGUUCUCCAAGGUUUCCUUCAUUGGUCUACACAAGGGCGGUUUAUCAGAAACGGCGAACUAUCUGCGGAUCAAAGCCUAUAUCACCGACGAAGUAACGGAAAUAUCUUUCCUUCGACAGGUACAUCAUGCUCGUCCAAAUGCUACUCACUUUCAAGCGCUGUUCCAAUCAGCGUUUCACCAUACUCUCGACAACCGGAAUGCUUUCGAUGUGGUGAAAGCCACGCGAAGGGAUCGCCCGGUAAGUCCGAGCACGGAAUCAAACCUCGUACACUAUCUUGAGAUCGCCGAUCGCGCGCGCUUAUCUUCGGAUGAGUUAGCUCCAUCUAUUGCAUCGGCCCUUUUCAUGGAUCAUUACGUACCAGGAAUGUUUGCAACAAAUCCCCGUGAUGUUUUCGGAUCCCUGUACCGCAAGAUCCUGAUUCAGGCGCAUGGAAAAGUUCAAGAAACUUGGUCGGGCUUAUGCCCAGAAGAACAGACAAAUCUAAUCGAGAGACAUUUCUCUGAACAGUUCGACCUUUUCUCCGGAGGUUUGAUAAACGUGGCAGACCUACGAAAACAGCAACUCGAAUCUCAGAGCGGUCAACUAAGUUGUUUACGGAGUAAUCUCAUCUGUCUGUUCUGCCUCCUGCAUAGCGCGCAACAUGUUUUAGACUGCGGUCAUACAUUUUGCGAUCGCUGUGCCCAGGUCUAUGGCGAACCGGUGGCGGGGUUAGAGUACCAAUUUACGGUCACAGGCUGUCUUUACUGCCUCUACCGAAAGCCUCUCAUCGUGGAUGUUCUUCCACCAACCAUGAGCCCUUCUAUCCUUGCACUCGAUGGGGGAGGGGUCAGAGGCGUUAUACCUUUGGAAUACCUUCUUCUUGUGCAGGAGCAUUUGCAGCCUUCGACCAUCCACAAUGUGGUGGACCUCGCUAUCGGCACAAGCUCAGGGGGGCUUAUUGCUCUGGGAUUGUUUGCAAUGUUGUGGGAUGUUGCAGAAUGCUCCGAACGAUUCAAUACACUGGCGAACCAAAUUUUCAGGCAGAGACGACGGUCGAUUUUGCCCCCGCUGCUUUUCCACGUCUCGGGCUACAAGUCGCUACUAGGUGAACUGGUUAAAUGGAUUCAGUGGCUUCUACACGAUAGUUGUUAUGACUCUCAGGUCUUCGAUGCCGCUCUGAAGAGCGCGUUUGGAGAAAAUCGCCGUCUUUUUGGUGCUACACGGGAACGUCUUCCGGGUCAUAGACGGUCCGGUCUGAAGGUGGGAGUAAUUGCAACGAGUAUUUCUAGGGACACAAAUUUUGAGGGUGUUGGUUCCUUUCAGGAUGGUGGAUUGAAACACAACUUUGCUGGGGAGGUCGCGAGCCAGGUUUCUAACCAAAUAUGGCCCCUGUUCAUGGGAUCCAUACGGAUGAUAUCGAUGGGAACCGGAAAAGCCCCUUCAAAUGAGCAGAUCCCUCAUUUUCGCCACGUCUUUCGUGACAGUUUUAUUCGCAGGGGUUUCGACGCAUGGAUGUCUACAAUGGACACAGACACCGAGUGGAAGAAUUGGGUAGGGAGGCUGAGCGAGUCAGUCAGAGGUGACUGUCAUCGCUUAGAUGUCUCAUUGGCAAAUACACCACAGGCGAUUGACGCGGUGGGGGCCAUGAAUGAUUAUCGUGACCUUGUACUUCUCCAGCCCGGAAGCGCACGGAUGGCCCGGGACGCGGCAACCACGUUGUUGAUCUCUAGGUUCUUUCUCCAAAUUAGCUCGUUACCAGAGCAAACAAAUGUGCCGUUUUGGUGCCCCGGGUCAGUGCGUUGUAAAGGCCCAGCCCGAGAGAUCAUCCUUGCCUUGGAAAAUCUUUACCCAGAAGGCCUUAGUUAUGUCUCAGACGGCGGACUAAUUGAUGUAUUCGGGGGGAUGGACAGUCUAUGUGCUUCAUGUGGUUGUUACAAUCAUCCAAUCUCGUUCUUGACUCGCCAUUUGGACUAUACUGUUAAUGUCUACAUGCAGUCACAGACAAAGAAAAGGUGGAAAAUAUCUGGCUUUCCCGAAAGUGUGGCUACCUUUGCUUCGAGACAAGGUUUGCAGUCAUCAUUCGGCCACAGAGAUCAUGGUUCGCCAUGUCGCAAACCGUGCCCGGACUGUGAUGUCAACAAAAGUGUCACUAGAAACAAAAGAAGGGUCGCCGAAUCCUGGCAAUCCAGAGACCCCGGCUCUAGAAAACGCACCCAAGUUUGA